AUGGGGAUCAAAACGCCCAGAAACCCAGGUGGUAUCAGUACAUUCACCGAAGACGUGUUGAAGAUUGAGAGAUGUGGACCAGACGAAGAUUACUUGACGGUGAUCGAUGUUCCUGGAAUCUUUCGUAACACAACCCAAGGAGUCACUACAGAUAAAGACCGUCAGUUAGUCGAAAGGAUGGUCAAGAAUUACAUUCGCGACAGUCGCACAGUAAUCUUGGCUAUUCUCCCAUGUAAUGUUGAUAUUGCCACUCAGGAAAUUCUGGCAUUUGCUGAAGAGGUCGACCCAACUGGCGAGCGCACACUGGGUAUUCUCACGAAGCCCGAUUUUCUCAAAGAACGAAGUGCGAAAGCCGUCGUCUGCGACCUGGUCCUGAGUAAGCGGCGACCUCUCACUCUUGGUUGUUAUGUCGUCAGGAGUCGUGGCGGCGACGAGGAAGAUUCUGACGGGGAUGCCGAUUUGCUACACCGUGAAGACACAUUCAAAGAUGAACCUUGGACCUCUCUGCCAGGCCACAAAACUGGGAUCAAGGCCCUACGAGUGUGCCUGCAAGACCUUCUUGGUCAGAUCGCUGACAAGGCAUUCCCCAAACUUCGAUCCGAAACGCGUCGCAAGCUCACUGAGAAGCAAGAAGAGCUGGCGAGUCUUGGACCUGCACGCCAGACAGGACGACAACAGCAGCAGUUUCUAGUCAGCGUUGUGAGCAACUUUCAGAACAUUGUGAUAGCAGCAUUGGAUGCCGACUACUCAAAAAACCAAGCGUUCGCCGACGAUAACUUACGUCUCAUCACGGAGGUCAUUAACAGAACCGAUGAAUUUGCUGUCGACUUCGAAGCUUAUGCACACACUUACAGCUUUCAAUCGAUAUAUCGGAAAAAGACUUCCUCACUUGAAAUUCCCCCACCAGACCUUCCACUUUUUGAAAAUGAGGAGGAUGAAGAAAUUGAUGAGAAGUCGUCUACCCACUGUGAUCUUGAUAUCACUCAAAUGCAUCGACGUUCUCGAGGUGUCGAACUAGGUACUUUUGGACCACAAGUUCUAUCAAGUGCGUUUCAAGAACAGUCUAUCUAUUGGCAGAAGAUGGCUACUGUAUACUUCAGUAAAGUCAUCUUGUCUGUCCACAAGUUCAUACUGGGAGCCCUUGGGAAAGUCUGUCAUGAAAGUCGCAUUCUCGAUGAGCUCAUAUCUGGGUUGAUGCGUGACCUCCUUGUCAGGUACAAGGAUGGCAUGAACCGAGCUAUCCACUUGGUUGAUAUCGAGAGACACAAAAAGCCUUACACGCUUAAUCACUAUUUCAACGAGAACUUGCAGAAAGCACGGAAAGAUCGAAUUGAUAAAGUUGUGAAAGAAAAGGCUUGGAGUGAUGGGAAUACUGGCCACCAGGUUGUGAAGCUUGAUGAUAUUUCAUCAGUGGUAAACAACCAUAGCAAUGCCCAGCAUACAUCAGAAGAGAUACACGACAUUCUUCAGGCUUACUAUAAAGUGGCACGCAAGCGCUUCGUCGAUAACAUUUACCACCAGGCCGUUGAUCACUGCCUCCUUUCAGGCCCAUCAAGUCCUUUAACUCUAUUUUGUGAACAGUGGGUGCUAGACCUGAGUGAUGAGAAGCUACAAUUGAUUGCGAGUGAGUCCCGCGCGACUCAGGAAAGGCGUCAAACCCUACAGACAGCGCUACAGGACUUAGCAGAAGCUAUAGAGAUUUUAGGUUGA